AUGAAGAAGACUUUAGACUCUUAUUUAUCUUAUUGGUUUUCUCGAAUCGGCAAAUUUGUCGGUGAAUAUCCUCAACAUUGCAUCGCUGCCACCUUAUUGGUUACAGUGAUUUUAGGAUCCGGACUUCUCAAAAUUUCCAUGAUACAGGAUUUCGAAUAUCUGUACAGUCCGAGAAACGCGAGAGUUUUGGAAGAUAGAAAAUCCAUCCAGAAUCUGUUUUCUAACGGCGACGAGGCCGAAGAUAGAUUAAUUAGAAGUUCCACAUACGAAAAUUUUAUUGCGGUCAUUGCCUCGGCGAAGAACAACGGUUCCAUUAUGAACACCUCUUCGAUAGAAGAUGUAAUCCAGAUGGAUGUUAUCAUUCGCAACAUCAGCAUCUUUUGGAAUAAGAAAUUCUACAGUUACCGAGAUAUUUGUAUGAAGAAUGAUCGUAACGAAUGCCCGAAAAAUUUUGUUUCUUCUUUGAAAUACAUGAUGAAACAUCCUGGAAACGUUUCCAUGAGGUAA